GAGGAGGCUGAGAGAGAGAGAGAGAGAGGGAGUGAGUGAGAGGGAGAGAGAGAGACUCACCAUCUACAGCAAGAUCACUAGAAUCAUUCUCGCAUCUCCAUCGUCAAAUCUCGCCUCCUUUCCCCACCCUUCCCACCUCACCAAACCCGUCCCAUCUAUAUUAUUUGCACCAUGGCUGAUAAAGUUGACAAGAAGGAUUUCGCGGAGGGAACAGGAGGAUGGAAGCAGUUCAUCUACAACCCGGGGACCGGCCAAUUUAUGGGCAGGACCGCCAGCAGCUGGGCUUUGAUUUUUCUGUUCUAUCUGGUCUUUUAUGGCUUCCUAGCUGGUCUGUUCAGCUUCACAAUGUGGGUUAUGCUUCAGAUGCUGGAUGAGUAUACGCCCAAAUAUCGUGACAGAGUUUCCAGUCCAGGUCUUAUGAUUAGACCAAAAGUAGGAUCUUCCCUGGAAAUUGUAUUUAACAAAUCUGAUGCUAAGUCUUAUGAAAAAUAUGUGACUGCUCUUGAUGGUUUUCUAAAACCUUACGAUGACUUGAUACAAGCACGAAAAAAUAUUCUCUGUCACCCUGGAGAGUACCUCAAACAGCCUGAAAGUAUAUUGAUGAAAAAGGCAUGUCAGUUUAACCGGACAAUGCUUGGGGACUGCUCUGGAGCAAACAAUAGCAGUUUUGGCUAUGAUGAGGGAAAGCCAUGUGUCCUUGUUAAAAUGAAUAGAAUAAUUGGAUUAGAGGCAGGUGCAGGAAGCAAUCCUAUAGUAAACUGUACAUCCAAGAAGGAAUCGCCAGUGGAUGUAAAAUACUUUGGAUCAUUUGAUAAAAUGUACUAUCCAUAUUAUGGCAAAAAAGCCCAUGUUAACUACUCACAGCCUCUGGUUGCUGUAAAACUAAUGCUUGGUACCGAUGAUACCAACAAGGAUUUAAUGAUUGAGUGCAAAAUAACCGGUGCCAAUCUGAAGAAUGAUGACGAUCGCGACCGGUUCUUAGGUCGAGUAGCUUUCAGAGUUCACGUAACAGACUAGCAUGAACGGGAGAGCUUGCACGAUGACUACUUUGUUGUCUUGUUUUGUUAUAAUGCGCUGGACCUGCCAUUGUAGAUGUGUGACCACUUUGAAGGGGGUAUGAGCUAGAUGGCAUUUUAUGGUAGCAUCAUGUUGUGCUUCCAGAUAUCAAGUGUUAAAACAAAUCCUAAAUACAUAGCUGCCUGCCUUGCCCCCAGCCCAACCCCCUGUUGGAUCAGUUUACGCACAUAUUAAGACAUCAUGCCAUAAUAAGGGACCUGUAAAUAGCUCUACUUAUAACUUUGAAUAAUGGCGGUCUUUGUCCUUUUUGUGCUGUGAUUUUUGCCCCAAGUGAAUGUCUAAAGCUUGAUGUGCUGUUGCUGUGUACAUAUUUAAUGAACUUAACACAGGUUAACUUUCAAAUAGAAGAAUGGAAAGUUUAGGAAGCGAGAUCAAACGAUACCCCAGGCUGACCAUAAAUGAUUUUAUAACCUUUGCAGAAUUAUGUCUUUCGUGCAGAUGCCUUAAAACCUGUAUGAAGAAAAGAGAAAAUAAAACUGGAUUUUAAACUUU